AUGACCAAGAACGAGGAAGUCGCCGCCACCGAGGCACCUGUUGCUGAUGCCGCCUCCGCUGCCUCCCCUGCUGCCUCCCACACCGAGGAAGAAGAAGACUUGGAUAUUGACAUUGACGGCGGUUACCUCCAAAAGAAGGGAUCCAAUCCCAUCAACCCCUGGAACAAGCGCUACUUUGCCUUUGGAACAGAGCCCGUCAGUCUGAGUAACCUCCAGACCGUUCACAAGCGUAACGAGCGUCGUGUCAAGGCUGCCCCCAAGGCCGCUGCACCUGUCGCCGCUGCCCCUGCUACUACCGAGGUUGCUGCCGUCCCUACCUCUGAGGUUGCUGCUGGAAAGGUCCCUGAUAAGGAGACCCCCGCCGCCGCCGCUGCUGCUGCUCCAGCUGAACCACCCAAGACGGUCCAGGAGAUCUACGAGGAGGCCAACCAUGACCUUCUGGUGAAUGUCGCGCAGGCCAACGCCAGCGGAAAGGGUUUGUUGUACUAUCACAAAUCGGACGAUUCUCUGAGCCGCCAGAACGUGUUGGGAAUUAUUAACCUGCGGGAUGUCAACUCUGUGGAGCAUGUUGAGAAGUCGACCAAGAACCGAUCGUUCAAGGUCAGCACCAAGAACCGCGAUUAUCACUUCUCGGCAGAGUCACCCCAGAAGGCCAAAGUGUGGGUCAAGGCGAUCAAGGAGAAGUCGGAUGAAGCCAAGGCAGAGCCUGAUCCUUACUCCAACGCUGCAUUCCAGGAUGUCUACAAGAAGCUUGUUGCUCGCGAGGCAUUCGAUCACGCCAAAAACGCGGCAAGCAUCAUCUCCGACAACGAGAUCAACUCAGACGGCGAGCCCGACGACAUCGAGGUCGAGAACGGCACCCCCGUCGUCAAGAAGCGCAAGUCCUUCUUUGGCUUCUCCGCCGUCGCCACCUCCCACGAGAAGAAAAAAGCCGACGGAAUCACCACCGAGGUCUCGACCGAGCAAAAGAAGGACCUCACCCACGUCCAGGAAGGAGAUGUCGAUGCCCUCAAGACCCACGAGUCCGAGAACGCCGUCUCCCAUACCACUGACGCUGUCACCCCUCCUGCUGCUCCAGAGUCUCCCAAGUCUCCCAAGGCCAAGAGCGGAGGAUUCAAGUUGUUUGGAAAGAAGCCUGUCAAGGAGGAACCUGCUCCCCCACCAGCUCCAGCUCCUCACCCCUUGACUGUUGACGAAGCCAAGGAUCAAGCCCUCAAGGCUGUUGAUGAUGCUAUUGCUGCUAGCAAGGCCAAGGAGGCCGAGGCCAAGAAAGAGACCCCACCUGCUCCUCCCACUCCCGAGAAGAAGCCCGGUUUCCUUGCCGGCCUCUUUGGCAAGAAACCUGUACCCGCACCAGCCCCACCACCAGUGGCGAACGAAGAGACUGUAGUCAUCUCAUCCGAAAAGACCCUCUCAGAUGUAGUCACCGCCGAAGGAGAAGUUACCUCCCAAUCCUCGGGCGGCUUCUUCUCCAGAGUGACCAAGGGCAAGGACAAGAACGAGGUAGAAGUCAAGUCGGGCGAGGUUAGCUCGGAGGAUGUGAUCACGGCCGAAAAUAUCACGCAUGAGCAGCACAUUGAGGGCACUGAUGCCAGCAUUGCUAUCUCUGAUGGCGAGCAGCGUGUUGACCUCUCGACAACCGAUGAGACGCUUUCGACAGAGGAGAAAAUUGAACGCAAGCCUUCUCUUCUCAAGCGAUUGAGUGGAGUGGUGCGCGCGACGCUGGCUGCGACCGAGGAGGUCAAGGUCGAGGAGACGGUUACCGAGGAGGAAGUCAUUGCUGAAGAGACGACGACGACUACCGAGACUGAGGUCGCAGUCGAGGAGACCAAGGUCGCAGUCGCUAUCGAGGUCGCUGCCUAA